AUGGUUAACCCUUGGCAACCCGGUGUCGAUUACAACCAUGGGGACUGUGUUGAAUAUAAAGGUGCUACGUAUAGGAUCAUCCAGCCACACUUCUCGCAAGGUGACUGGACUCCUGAUGUGACCCCUGCGCUCUGGGGACGUGAAUACGGAGCUGCCCCUACCCAACCACCGCAGCAGAGUUACAAUCAACCACCGCCCGAGCAGCGUCCUUGGGAUCAGCAUGAUCAGACCAAGGUUGAGUUUGGCGAAGAGGAAAAGCAAAAGAAUUGGUACGAUCUUGACCCUGAGCGUCGCAAGCAGCUCGAGGCAAGCGGCCUUCUUGCCGGUGCGGCCCUUCUCGGUGGUGGCUUCCUGGCUUACAAGAAGCACAAGGAGAACGAGGAGGAUAAGAAGGCUCUGGCCUGGGGCUUACAGAACUGGAUGACCGACGCCCAAAGGCGUUCACAGAGUUUCUAUCAGGGCGGUUACUCCGGCAAACCUACUUGGGUUUUGACCAAAGGCAACCGAAUUCCUCAAGGCGCCUUCCAAGCCGGACAGGAAUCCGAUGGUACUCCACUAUACGUCGGUCGCACUUUCUUCGAGGGGGGAAUUCAUCCCGGUAAAGUUAGCCCCAACUUCCAGAAAGGAUGUAUUAUUGGGUAUGGCGGUGAUGAGAUUGAGGUCGAAGACUAUGAGAUCUUGAUAGCCGACCCACGAUCUGUCCAUUGGGCCGAGGCAAGUGGUACAUGUAAUCCACAAUAUCUAGGUGCACAGCCCGUUGAGGGUGGGCGUGAGCAGAAUGGACCGCUCUAUAUUGUUCAAGCCCCAUACAAGGAAGGAACUCACCCUGGCAAGACAGGACCGCAUCUCCAGGGAGCGGAUAUUACUUACGGUGGAAAGGAAAAGAUUGUUACUAACUACCGAAUCCUCGUGUACAACUAA